AUGAGCAGCAAUCCAGGAACACCACCCUUCUCUCCCGGUCUCAACCCCGGCGUCCCCCGGAUCGACAUCCCCAGGCCCCCCGACCCGCAGCUCGACCCUGUCGGAUACCUCAGGAGCUUGGGCGCUGUCCGCGAGCGCUGCAAGAUCGUCACCGAGAAGGCCCUGCGCAAUGAGCUCAACCACUUUGAUGUCGACAUGCACAAGUUUGACGAUGUAGUCACUUUUGUUGCCAACAUCAUCAAGAGAGACUAUGACGCCCCCUUCACAUCCAUUCCCGGCCACGGCCGUCACCAGCACUUCGCCAUCGGCGGGCGCGACCGCAUCGCUCACCUCCUGUCCACAUUCCCUGAGGAUGUUGACAACACGGAAAAGUGCAAGCGCAUGAUCGAUCUGUUCCUUGUCAGUGUAUUGCUGGACGCCGGUGCCGGCACCCAGUGGAGCUACAAGAGCAACGAGAAUGGCCGUAUCUAUAGGCGAUCUGAAGGCAUUGCCGUUGCUAGUUUGGAGAUGUUUAAGACCGGUCUGUUUUCUGGUAACAAGAACAACAAGUACCAGGUCGACAAGGAGGGCUUGGCGAAUCUAACCGUCGACAAGCUCGCCCAGGGGUUGCAGUCUGGACCAGGUAACGAGAUGGCUGGCAUCGAAGGCCGCGCUCAGCUCCUUAUUCGGUUGGGCCAGGCUUUGGAGGAGAAGACCGAGUUCUUCGGCGCGGACGGACGGCCUGGAAACAUGCUGGACCACAUUCUCGACCACCCCUCGACACAAGCGACCAACGGCUUGAUUGUUCCCCUUCCCGUCUUGUGGAACGUCCUCAUGAGCGGCCUUGCUCCUGUCUGGCCACCAUCGAGGACUGCCAUCAACGGUGUUUCUUUGGGCGACGCCUGGCCCUGCAGCUCCAUGCCUCAGCCGGCUCAGUCGCCAUCUAGUCCGACCUUUUCUCCUUUCCCCAACACUUCUGGCCAGUCCAACGGCGUCGCGCCUUGGGAAAGCAUUCUUCCCUUCCACAAGCUUACCCAGUGGCUUACCUACUCGCUCAUGCAGCCCAUGCAGAGCAUCAUGAAGAUCCAGUUUGCGGGCCAGGAGCUUCUUACUGGUCUUCCCGAGUAUCGCAACGGCGGUCUGUUCAUUGACCUCGGCGUCCUUACACUGAAGAAGGAGGAUAUGGACCGCGGCUUGGCGCAUUACACCUCAUACUGCGAUCGCACCGGCACUAAGGAGAACGAAGUGGCACCCAUGUUUGAGCCCAGUGAUGAUGUUAUUGUGGAGUGGAGAGGCGUCACUGUUGGCUUCCUCGACAAGCUUUGUGUUGAGGUCAACAAGGCCUUGGAAAAGGAGCUGCAGGGUAACGAGCUUACCCUUGCUCAAAUGCUAGAGGCUGGCAGCUGGAAGGGUGGCCGUGAAAUUGCCGAAGUCAGCCGACCAAACACUAAGGAACCGCCUAUCCUAAUCGAUAGUGACGGCACCGUAUUUUAG